AUGAGAGGCUAUUUGAGUGGCCAUUAUCGUCAUUUCAUUCAAGAUGCGAGUAUUGGUGCUGAGAUUCUCGAUGAAGCGGAUCUGCAGUCUCCCAAGGAUUCUGUAAGUCCCAUUGCCGGAAUCAGUGUAACAAGCGAGCGACCGCCAGAAACUGAUACUGAGGAACAAUUGUCAUCAUCAAAUUCAAGCAGCCAAAAACGCAGAGCUUCAGAAACUGAUGAAUUUGAGCCACCGGCCAAACGAGCUGAUCGCUUGCCAAUCAAACUGGAGAAUUCCAUAACCCAGUUUGAUGACGAUGGUGCACAGCUGGUCCAGGAAUUACUGGAGGUAAAAUGCUCACAAAAUGAUUCAGGAACUUCUCGCAAAUCAAACUGCCAGGUAUACUUCACUGCAUUUUUUUUUCUUGCAUUUUAG